AUGGUCAAAGAGGAGGAGAAUCUCCGUGCUCAGGUCAGGGACCUUGAGGAGAAGCUGGAGACACUCAAAAUCAAGAGGAAUGAGGACAAGGCGAAGCUCAAGGAGCUGGAGAAGUACAAGAUCCAGCUGGAGCAGGUGCAGGAAUGGAAGAGCAAAAUGCAGGAGCAGCAGGCUGAGCUCCAGAAGCGCCUGAAGGAGGCCAAGAAGGAAGCCAAGGAUGCCCUGGAAGCCAAGGAAAGGUACAUGGAGGAGAUGGCAGACACAGCCGACGCCAUCGAGAUGGCCACGCUGGACAAGGAGAUGGCCGAGGAGAGGGCAGAGUCCCUGCAGCAGGAGGUGGAUUCCCUCAAGGAGAAGGUGGAAUACCUCACCAUGGACCUGGAGAUCCUCAAGCACGAGAUCGAGGAGAAAGGCUCUGAUGGAGCAGCAUCCAGCUACCAGGUGAAACAGCUGGAGGAGCAGAACGCCAGGCUCAAGGAGGCUCUCGUCAGGAUGAGGGACCUGUCGGCCUCGGAGAAGCAGGAGCACGUGAAGCUCCAGAAGCAGAUGGAGAAGAAGAACACGGAGCUGGAGUCGCUGCGGCAGCAGCGGGAGAAGCUGCAGGAGGAGGUGAAGCAGGCGGAGAAAACGGUGGAUGAGCUCAAGGAGCAGGUGAGGGACAGGUGGGAUGGGAUAUUUGGGAUGUUUACUCUGACAGAGAGAAACCUGGAUCUGGAGGAGAAGGUCCGGGAGCUGCGUGAGACCGUCGGGGACCUGGAUGUGAACCGGGAGCUGAUGAGCCAGCAGGAAGCGUCUGCAGAGAAGCAGCAGCAGCCGCCCCCCGAGAUGUUCGACUUCAAGAUCAAAUUUGCAGAGACAAAAGCUCACGCCAAGGCCAUCGAGAUGGAGCUGCGGCAGAUGGAGGUGCAGCAGGCCAACCGGCACGUGUCCCUCCUGACCUCCUUCAUGCCCGACAGCUUCCUGCGGCACGGCGGCGACCACGACUGCGUCCUGGUGCUCCUGCUCAUCCCACGCCUCAUCUGCAAGGCCGAGCUGAUCAGCAAACAGGCGCAGGAGAGGUUCGAGCUGAGNUGGCCGACUACCAGCAGACCAUCAAAAAGUACCGGGAGCUCACGGCUCACCUGCAGGUGGGUCCCCACCUCCAGCCCCUCCUGCAGCUCGCCUGGUGGCCACGAGAGCCUCAGGGAGCAUCCCUUGGGAAUGUCCUGGUGGGCAGGAGAGCCAGAGGGAGCAUCCCUUGGGAGUGUCCUGGUGGGCAGGAGAGAUGUGAACCGGGAGCUGAUGAGCCAGCAGGAAGCGUCUGCAGAGAAGCAGCAGCAGCCGCCCCCCGAGAUGUUCGACUUCAAGAUCAAAUUUGCAGAGACAAAAGCUCACGCCAAGUUUCCCACGCCCUGCCCAGAGGUGCCCCCAGCCCCUUGUCCCUGUCCCCUCAGGGCCCUGAACCGCUGCAGUGUGGAGGUGUACAAGAAGGUGGGGACCCUGUACCCCGAGAUGAGCGUCCACGAGCGCUCCCUGGACUUCCUGAUCGAGCUGCUCCACAAGGACCAGCUGGACGAGACCGUCAACGUGGAGCCGCUCACCAAGGCCAUCAAGUACUACCAGCACCUGUACAGCAUCCACCUGGCUGACCAGGCUGAGGACUGCACCCUGCAGCUGGCUGACCACAUCAAG